AUGAUCAGAAAUGAAAAAAUCACUCGGUGGGCAUCAGUUGCUGCAGGAUCCGGCUGCCUUCUUCCUUGUCCUGCAGUCGUUCGCUUUCCUUUCCAUGCUUGUGCCGUGAUGGGCGCUUGCUUAUCAUCCCUACAUUCGCCAGCUGCUCGGCAAAUGUCAAUAAGCUGA